UUGCUUCCCCUUCUUCGUUUUCUGCCUUUGUUUGUCUCCCUCACCUGGAAAUUAACUCUUUCCUGUUAGCCUAUCCAUAAAUUCAAUUUCUUUCCUGAAUUUUAGAAGAGAGAAAGUGAGUUUUGUUUUGGUUUUGCUUUUGUUGGGUUGUCGGAAAGAAGCAUAAACAAGACAUAACUAAAGGAAAACCAAGGCAUGGGACUGUCAAGCUUCCCUAGUGCAGCUGAAGGGGUACUUCCAGUGCUAGUAAUGAACACGGUUCUGUCAGUGGCUUUUCUGAAAAACAUGUUGAGAUCUUUGCUCCAAGUAGUGGGUGCAAGCGGGAGUUCUUCUUCAAGUUUAGAUGAUGAGUCAGAUGGGUACCCAGAAGAGAAUAUUAAGGCAAGGGAGAGAAGGAUAUCAAUAACCCAGUUUAAGUCUUUGUGCCACACCAGGGAGUCAUCGAUAUGUGAGGGUUCUUCUUCUACUUCAGCAGCUGCUAGCGCUUGUUCUUGCAGUGGCAGUGGCAGUGGCAGUGGACGGGCUAACACCGUGGAGUGUUGCGUCUGUUUAUGUGGGUUUGAAGCAGAUGAGGAGGUGAGUGAGUUGUCUUGCAAGCAUUUCUUCCACAAAGGUUGCUUGGAGAAAUGGUUUGAUAACAAGCAUAGUACAUGCCCUCUCUGUCGAUCUAUUCACUAGAAACGGUAGUGCUUCAGUUAUUUAGAGAGGAAUACUCUUGUUUUCUCACCCUCUGAUUUCAGAUGUACUCUUUUAUCUUCUUCUUCUUCUUUUUCUCCCUUCGUAAGGUUCAUUUUUGAGCAGGAACACCAGGACGUUGUGUAGUGUAACGUAACAGUCCUGGUCUUUCCCUCGCUUCUCUGUGUGUUACAGCGUAUACAUGUACCACAAACAGUAUAAGAAUAAUAAAACAAUGAAGGGAUUGAAGAAUUUUGGAA